CAGCUCACAAAAAAAAAAAAAAACCAUGUGGCCAAAUCAAGGUCCUUCAAACCCCAUCUACCCUCCUGCCUACAGUCCAGCUGCGCCUCCUGGCUACAGUCCAGCUGUACCUCCCCCAGGGGUCUUCCCUCAACCUUCAAAUCCAGUAUGCCCACCUGGCCCCUGCCCACCUGGCCCCUACCCAGCUGGUAUGAACCCAGCCAUGGUACCAAAUGCACCACCAGGGGCAAUGCCUUACGGAGCUCCAGGGCCUUAUUCUUAUCCUGUGGCUCCAGGAGUCCCUCCUGCAGGUGUUCAUCCAUGCCAAUACCCACACUCUCCAAAAGGGGGUCACCAUAAAGGCCACCAUAAAGAUCAUCAUCAUGGAGCGAUGGGUGGAGCAGUAGCUGGAGGAUUGGCAGGAAUGGGAAUGGGCUUGACUGGACACAAAGCCGACAAAAAGAUGAAGAAGAAGAUGAAGAAAGCACAUAAGGAGCACAAGCAUGGGCACCACAAACAUGGCAAGGAGUGGAGCUCGAUCUCACAUCACUCUUCCCUCUUCCCCGAGUCCUUUAUAAACUCUCCCCCGGGUUUCUACCCUCCCGAACCUCUCCCCUUCUACCCUUACAACCCCAACCCUCCCCCCGAUCACUUAUCAGCGCACGAGUCAGAUUCAUCUCAGUGA